GCUCUGAGACCGGCUGGGCCAGCGGCGCCGCGGGAGAGGCGCGUGUCGGCCUCUCACUGGCGCAGCCUCCUCCGUUGUCGCCGCGUCCCUCCCCUCCCAGGCGGCGUCGUCGCAGGCACUGUCGUGGACGAAAGGCGGCCCGGACAUGGGGGACGCGAGCGCCGCGCGUGUCGCGGCUGCGCGGCGGGUGACAGGGCUUUGCUAUAAAAUGGGAAUCCUGAUUGCCUUCACUGGGUUGUGGCUGCUCUCCUCAGUAAAAGCAGAUUCAAAAGCCAUUACAACCUCUCUCACAACGAAGUGGUUCUCUUCACCACUCUUGUUAGAAGCCAGUGAGUUUUUAGCAGAAGACAGUCAAGAGAAAUUUUGGAAUUUUGUAGAAGCCAGUCAAAAUAUUGGAUCAUCAGAUCAUCACGGUUCUGAUUAUUCCUAUUAUCAUGCUAUAUUGGAAGCCGCAUUUCAGUUUCUGUCACCUCUACAGCAGAAGUUGUUGAAAUUUUGUCUGUCUCUUCGUUCCUACUCCGCUACAAUUCAAGCCUUCCAGCAGAUAGCCGCUGAUGAACCUCCGCCAGAAGGAUGCAAUUCAUUUUUUUCAGUUCAUGGAAAGAAGACUUGUGAUUUUGAUAAUCUAGAAACUCUUCUACUAACAGCAUCUGAAAGACCCAAACCUUUACUCUUCAAAGGAGAUCACAGAUACCCCUCAUCUAAUCUUGAGAGCCCUAUAGUGAUUUUCUACUCUGAGAUUGGCCAUGGAGAAUUUUCUAAUUACCACCAACAACUUAUAUCAAAAAGCAAUGAAGGCAAAAUUAAUUAUGUCUUCAGACAUUAUAUAUCUAAUCCCAAGAAGGAACCAGUUUACCUCUCUGGCUAUGGUGUGGAACUGGCCAUUAAGAGCACCGAAUACAAGGCCAAGGAUGAUACUCAGGUGAAAGGAACUGAAGUGAAUACCACGGUAAUUGGUGAAAAUGAUCCUAUUGAUGAAGUUCAGGGAUUCCUCUUUGGAAAAUUAAGGGACCUGCAUCCUAGCUUGAACGAACAGUUGAAAGAACUUAGAAAGCAUCUUGUGGAAAGCACCAACGAAAUGGCACCUUUGAAAGUUUGGCAAUUGCAAGAUCUCAGUUUCCAGACUGCUGCCCGAAUCUUGGCUGCUCCUGUGGAGUUAGCAUUAGUGGUUAUGAAGGAUCUUAGUCAGAACUUUCCUACCAAAGCCAGAGCCAUAACAAAAACAGGUGUAAGCUCAGAGCUGCGAACUGAAGUGGAAGAGAAUCAGAAGUAUUUCAAGGGAACUUUAGGAUUACAGCCCGGAGAUUCAGCUCUUUUUAUCAACGGACUUCAUAUUGAUUUAGAUACCCAGGAUAUAUUCAGUCUGUUUGAUAUAUUGAGGAAUGAAGCCCGGGUAAUGGAGGGUCUGCACAGACUAGGCAUAGAAGGCCUUUCUCUGCAUAAUAUUUUGAAGCUGAACAUCCAGCCUUCUGAGGCAGAUUAUGCAGUAGACAUCAGGAGUCCUGCUGUAUUGUGGGUCAACAACUUGGAGACUGAUAGCAGAUAUAAUGCAUGGCCUUCUAGUCUACAAGAAUUGCUUCGACCCACUUUUCCUGGUGUUAUCCGACAGAUCCGAAAAAACUUGCACAACAUGGUUUUCAUAGUUGAUCCUGCACAUGAGAGCACAUCUGAGUUGAUGAACACAGCUGAGAUGUUCCUUAGUAAUCACAUCCCACUAAGAAUUGGUUUUAUCUUUGUGGUUGAUGACUCUGAAGAUGUUGAUGGGAUGCAAGAUGCUGGAGUGGCUGUUCUUAGAGCGUAUAAUUACAUUGUCCAAGAAAAGGAUUGCUAUCAUGCUUUCCAGACUCUAGCACAUAUCUAUAAUAAAGUGAGAACUGGAGAAAAAGUAAAGGUUGAACAUGUGGUCAGUGUCCUGGAGAAGAAAUAUCCAUAUGUAGAAGUUAACAGCAUUUUGGGAAUUGAUUCUGCUUAUGAUCAGAAUCGGAAGGAAGCAAAAGGCUACUAUGAGCAAACUGGUGUCGGUCCACUGCCUGUGAUUCUCUUCAAUGGAAUGCCCUUUGAAAAGGAACAGCUAGAUCCUGAUGAAUUGGAAACGAUUACAAUGCACAAAAUUUUGGAAACUACUACUUUCUUCCAAAGAGCAGUAUACUUGGGUGAACUUUCUCAUGAUCAAGAUGUGGUAGAAUAUAUCAUGAAUCAGCCAAAUGUUGUCCCACGAAUCAAUUCUAGGAUUUUGACAGCUGAGCGAGAGUACCUGGAUUUAACAGCAAGUAAUAACUUCUUUGUGGAUGAUUAUGCUCGAUUUUCUGUCUUGGAUUCCCAAGGCAAGACUGCUGCUUUAGCAAACAGUAUGAACUAUCUCACAAAGAAAGGAAUGUCCUCCAAGGAAAUCUAUGAUGAUUCUUUUAUUAGGCCAGUAACUUUUUGGAUUGUUGGUGAUUUUGAUAGCCCUUCUGGACGGCAGUUACUCUAUGAUGCUAUUAAACAUCAAAAAUCCAGUAACAAUGUUAGGAUAAGCGUGAUCAAUAAUCCAAGCCAAGAGAUUAGAAAUGAGAACACUAGAAUCUUCAGAGCAAUCUGGGCAGCUCUCCAAACACAAACUUCCAACUCAGCAAAGAACUUCAUCACCAAAAUGGCCAAAGAGGAGACUGCAGAGGCCCUGGCUGCCGGAGCCGACAUUGAGGAGUUCUCUGUGGGGGGCAUGGAUUUCAGUGUUUUUAAAGAGGUCUUUGAGUCUUCCAGUAUGGAUUUCAUUUUGUCUCAUGCCGUGUACUGCAGGGAUGUUCUGAAGCUGACGAAGGGACAGAGGGCAGUGAUCAGCAAUGGAAGGAUCAUUGGGCCACUGGAGGAAAGUGAGCUCUUUAAUCAAGACGAUUUCCACCUUCUAGAAAGUAUCAUCUUGAAAACUUCAGGACAAAAAAUAAAAUCUCAUAUUCAACAACUUCGGGUAGAAGAAGAUGUGGCAAGUGACUUGGUAAUGAAGGUGGAUGCUCUCCUGUCAGCUCAACCCAAAGGAGAUGCAAGGAUUGAAUACCAGUUUUUUGAAGACAGCUACAGCGCAAUUAAGCUGAGACCCAAGGAAGGAGAAACAUACUUUGAUGUUGUGGCUGUCAUUGACCCUGUCACCAGAGAAGCACAGAGACUUGCCCCGUUGCUCUUGGUUUUGACUCAGCUGAUAAACAUGAAUCUAAGAGUAUUUAUGAACUGCCAAUCUAAACUUUCGGACAUGCCUUUAAAAAGCUUUUACCGUUAUGUCUUAGAACCAGAGAUUUCUUUCACCUCAGACAAUAAGUUUGCUAAGGGUCCAAUAGCAAAAUUUUUGGAUAUGCCACAAUCUCCAUUGUUCACUCUGAAUUUGAACACACCUGAAAGUUGGAUGGUAGAAUCUGUCAGAACACCGUAUGAUCUUGAUAAUAUUUAUUUAGAAGAGGUGGACAACAUAGUAGCUGCUGAGUAUGAGCUCGAGUACUUAUUAUUGGAAGGUCAUUGCUAUGACAUCACCACAGGCCAACCCCCACGUGGACUGCAGUUUACAUUAGGGACGUCAGCCAACCCUGUCAUCGUGGACACCAUUGUCAUGGCCAACCUGGGCUACUUUCAGCUAAAAGCCAACCCAGGAGCUUGGAUCCUCAGACUAAGGAAAGGACGCUCAGAAGAUAUUUAUAGAAUCUACAGCCAUGAUGGUACAGACUCUCCACCUGAUGCCGAUGAGGUUGUUAUCAUACUCAAUAACUUUAAAAGCAAAAUUAUCAAAGUGAAGGUACAGAAGAAGGCAGACAUGGCAAAUGAAGACUUGCUGAGUGAUGGGACAAAUGAGAAUGAAUCUGGAUUUUGGGACUCUUUCAAAUGGGGAUUUUCAGGAGGACAGAAGACUGAGGAGGCAAAACAAGACAAAGAUGAUAUAAUUAAUAUUUUCUCUGUUGCAUCUGGUCAUCUCUACGAAAGAUUUCUUCGCAUAAUGAUGCUAUCAGUACUGAAGAAUACCAAAACUCCUGUGAAAUUCUGGUUCCUGAAGAAUUACUUGUCCCCCACAUUUAAGGAGUUUAUACCCUACAUGGCAAGUGAAUACAACUUCCAGUAUGAGCUUGUUCAGUACAAAUGGCCCCGGUGGCUCCAUCAGCAGACAGAAAAGCAGCGCAUCAUCUGGGGCUACAAGAUUCUCUUCCUAGACGUGCUCUUCCCACUCAUUGUGGACAAGUUUCUGUUUGUGGAUGCUGACCAGAUUGUGCGAACAGAUCUGAAAGAGUUAAGAGAUUUCAGUCUGGAUGGUGCCCCUUAUGGUUAUACUCCUUUUUGUGACAGCAGAAAAGAGAUGGAUGGCUACCGCUUCUGGAAAUCCGGUUACUGGGCCAGCCAUUUAGCUGGACGCAAGUAUCAUAUCAGUGCACUAUAUGUUGUGGAUCUGAAGAAGUUUAGGAAAAUAGCUGCUGGUGACAGACUCAGGGGACAGUACCAAGGUCUGAGUCAGGAUCCCAAUAGCCUUUCAAAUCUUGAUCAGGAUUUGCCCAACAACAUGAUCCAUCAGGUGCCAAUCAAAUCUCUCCCUCAAGAAUGGCUUUGGUGUGAAACCUGGUGUGAUGAUGCUUCUAAGAAGAGGGCAAAAACCAUUGACUUGUGUAAUAAUCCAAUGACCAAAGAACCCAAGUUGGAAGCUGCAGUGCGAAUUGUCCCAGAGUGGCAGGACUAUGAUCAAGAGAUCAAACAACUACAGAUUCGCUUUCAGAAGGAGAAAGAAACAGGCACACUCUAUAAGGAAAAGACAAAAGAGCCAAGCCAAAAAGGAUCUCAGAAACGUGAAGAAUUAUGAGCCCUGGAAGGAGACAGGAAAUGACACCAUUUGAAAAACAGUUUUUGUACUAAAUGCUAGGUUUUUUGUUUUUGUUUUUUCUGAUCUGUCUAUACAACUGCUGAUGAACUGACUGAGCAGGUGUGCCACACCUCUUGAUUCUGAGCAUUGAUUUUGACUUCUAUACGCCUUAGGCGCUGGAUCUUUGGGGUUAAGGCUCUGCUAGAUUUGUACCUCAGAAGAAGUGGCUGAUAUUUUGGGACUCUGUAAAGAGCGAGGAAAAAGAAAAAGAGCAAUCUUGUUGCCAUAUGGAGAAAUGACAGCAGCAACCAGAAGAAGCAGAGUCCUUUGUGCCCACACACAAGAGCACACACAUGCUGUGCCGUCCUGGAAGCAGGCUGGGAGCCACCACAUGCUUCCUUACCUCAGUUUACUGCACUGGGUCUGGGUCAGGCUAGCAGAAGCUUCAUCCAUACUCCGUGCCUGGAGGUAUAUGCCAACAUGCUUCUCAUGUCCUCUACCCACUCUCUUCCCAGGCCUUAGGUUUGAUUUUGAUUGAACCCCAGUUAGUAGUCAUGUGUCUUCAGGGUUGACUUGGUACAAUGGCUCAGCAAAUUAAUUGGGGGGGCGGGGGUUGGGAAAGGUAGGGAAAAUAGCAGGCCUAGAAAGGGCUCUCAGGUGUGCUGGGGAGGAAAACUACAAAGUGGUCGUUCUUCUUUAUGAACCACCAGUACCGUUGUGGCUAAUUUGAAAGGAAAACAUAUUCCUAUUCCCUACCUAGUCCCAGGGAACUUUCUAGGUAAUUAUUUUGUAAACAAUUUUUGUAUUUAUGAAAGUCUUUACUUUUUCUUCUCACUUUCUAAAAAGAAAAAAAAAAUCUUAGCAAUUUUCCAACUGGGCACAGCCAUAAGAAGCUCCUCUGGUGAUGAAGCUACGAAGGCUCAGGCUUCAGGCUCCUUGGUUGCUUGUUACAUCACUUCCCCUUUUCUUUUUCAGGGCUUUUUUCUCAGACACAGGAAAAUUGGCCUGGAUUUUCCUCUACAAAAAAUAUCCAGAUUGGUUGGUUGUCAGUGGCUCAUACCUGUAAUCCUAGCUACUUAGGAAACAGAUCUGAAGAUUAUGGUUCCUGAGCAGGAAAGUUUAUGAGACUCUUCUUUCUUAUUAGACAGCAAAAACUAGGAAUAGAAUUUGGCUCAAGUGCUAGUCUUGAGCAAAAAUGCUAAGGGAUAGUGCCAGGUCCUGAGUUCAAGCCCAGUACUAGCACAGGAAAAAAAAAAAGCUAACAAAAUUUAAAAGUUCUCAGGAUCAGAGACCAAAAAGGAUUCUGACUCUGGAACUCAUACCCUGUCUUAUGUACUGUUUAUUUUAGCUCUCUACACCAAUUCUGAGGUGGCAUGGCUGUGUUAUGAUGUAUCAUAACCUUCCGUCUUUGCCUUGUGUGUCUUCACAGUGACAGCCUACGUCAUCCCUGUGGAAUUCUUGGGGCAUGUGGUACCAUCUGCCCUGGCCACAAGGUACGGCAGCACCAGCACCAAGGGGCAGCGCCCUGCCUUCUGGCUUAUGGGUUUGCUGUUUUUGAGAUUGCUGCUUUUUAAAACUAGGAAGGGCUGGGCUGUGGUUCAGGAGCAGAAUGCUUUUCUUGCUUGCAGAAUGCUUUUCUUGCACUGCACAAAAACACAAUAAAAACAAAAACAAGGAUGAGGUAAAUGCUUAGCUAAAUCCUCACCAUUCUAAGCCAGGUAACAAUUUGAUACGCGGUCUUUUUAAAAGUCAAAAUAUUAACCACAGAUUUCUAUUUUUUUCCAUUUUUAAAUGUAGAAAUUACCAUAGAAGCUUCCCAGUCAUUUGAAGGUGCUUCUGGAUUGGCUUUCAUAAUUUCAUAACAAGUUGGGGAGCACAGCUUAAAAGAGAACUUGACUGAUGAGUUGAUUUGAGUUGGGAAAGGUCCCAAGGUGGCUGGAUGAGGUAGUUUUCUACUUGCCUCUCCCUGGUCUGAGCAUCUGACAGGAUAGGAUCGCUGAAAUCAAGAAACACCUGUUCAGGCAUCAUCUCCACAUUUAAUUAAGCUUUCAGAGGCACUGCCACUGCUGUCUACAGCUGCAGGCAGAAAUGUAAUUCUCCCCAGCCUUGUCUGGGAGGUUGAGUAGGAAAUGGUCAGGUCGCUAGCAUAUGCUCUACAUGCUGGCUCUUUGCUGGCUUCCUUCUUGUCUUACUACCAGGUCUCUUAGGCAUACUCUGCAGAGAAAGAAGGUAUGAAGUAAAACUGUUCCCUGUGGGGUGCUGGUUCCUUCAGCUCUGCGCCCCAUCUGUCAGCACCCAGACAGAAGUUUUUGUACUUGGUGCUGAGUAACACCAAUCCCAGCUUGCUUCUGAAGUGGUCUGUGCCCCUCUGUCUGUUUCUUUCCUUGCUUUGUGGGGCUUAAUCACCUCUCUAAGUUAACCAAAUGCCCAGGAAAUGAUGUUACCACUAAAAUAUGGUCCUGGUGAGCUUUGUCUGUAGCCUCUACUAUAAGAAACUGUACUAUGUCUGAAAAGAGAGGUGAGAGAUUUUUCCCUAGGAACUAAGAGCUGAUGGACCCAAAUGUUCAGGCUUCUGGGAACUGUUCAAUAUGGUGGUCUUAGUUAGCAUUUGGAUGUAAUUUUUUUUCUCAUGUCAUAGUGGAAAUUUUCCUUUCUAAAUCACUUGAUAAUAUAAUAUGAAAUAAUAUGGCAUAUCGAAAUGCCAUGCAACAAUGUGGAUCUAUUUCUAUGUUUUGUGAACAAUGUAUUUGACUGAGAUCUGGGGCGGUGGAUAUGCCAUGGCCAGGGUCUUUAUCUAGACUCCUGGGUGUAGUCAAAAGUAUAUUUAUUCAACACUCACAUCGAGAGUGGUAACAAGUUGGCUUUUUCUAGAUUGAUGAAAUUGUGAUUCCAUCAGAAUGUUGGAUUUCAAACUGAACAGAAAGACGUUUGUUGGUGUUGGGCCUUCCCAAAUGUUAAGAAACAAUUUCUGUAAACUAAGCUAAAUUUCCUGUACUCUCCUGACAUCCUCAUGUUUGAAUUUUUAAGCUCUUCCUGAACAACACUGACCUGGUUUCAGGGUCUAAGAACUGGCAACAGGAGUGCAGUUUUGGAAGGGAGAGUCCAAGUGAUAGGGGAAGAGAGUCUCCUUUGCCAGAUGGUCAGGUACAUGUCAAGCCAGACAACACUGUCCCCAGUGACUACAGUUAGAAACAUCAAAGCAGUCCUUUUCUAAGAUAGUCACUCCUAAUUUGGCUUAACUAAAAGAAAUGUUUGAAUGUAGUUCUACUUUCCUGAAUGGAGUUUGUAGAAAUUGAAUCAGUAGAAACACCUGGUAGAAAAUGUCUUGAAACAAAAGUGGACAGAAGUGAAAGAUGGAGAGUGUACUAUGUGCUAAGUUACAUAGAUUCACAUUCAUUGUGUAAUUUUAAUAGUUUUUACAGUACUUGAUGUUUUGAGGGCAUUUUUUUUAUGAUCACAGUUAAUCAAACAUAGUUUGUCAUGUCUGGUUUGGUAGUCCAGCAGUUUUUAUAUAAAUUCAUGUUUUCUAUGCCUUAACAUAGUAAGAAAAGAUUUUGAUUAGGACUUGGUGAUUAAUUAGCUGACUGAAUCCAAACAAUCCAGACAUGAAAGCUCAGGUCAUUACCGACACUACAGAGUGUCUGGAGGUGGCACAUUUCUCACUCUUUAUUUGGUUUUUGGUUUUCUCUCUGUGAUAGAGAAACCACUUCUGUGUUGUGACUUGGCUGUGAGUCUGUGGAUAUGUAGAGGAUCUUGUUUAGUAUCAUUGAGUAACAGCCAUUACCUCCCCCCUCCCUCCCCCAAAAUAAACCCACCACAAACAGCCUCAGACAGCUACACAUUCCCCAGAAGUAGCCUGUACAGCUUAAACACAACAUGUAAGAGGCCCUCUCCUGAGUCUUUCCCAGGUUGCCAGCAAUGCAGAGGCCAAUGGGAAGGCCUGAGUGACUGGACCAUGAACUAGGACAUGAGCCCAUUGGAUUAUGCAUCGCCUCCAGGUCCCAUGUAGAUAAAUAGAACGCAAAAUAAUGUUGGCCUUUGGAACAAAACAUUUUCAAGUACUCAUUGUUUUCCAAACAAUAAUCCAUGGAAAUGAAGUAAAGGGAAAAUGGGGACAAAGCUUGGAAAGAAUGUAGUUUAAAGAACCUUCUUUAUAACUCUCCUACUUUACUGUAAUUCUGUUCCUAAAUGCAGCUAUAUGUCUGGUGCGUUGGGAACAGUAUUGAGGUUUUAAAUGUCUGCAGAAUCUCUGCAUCCAAAGGGAAAUGAGAACCAAUUUCCUGGUACUAUAAUGAAAAUAAGGUCUGCUCAACAAAAUAAACUUCUGCCUCUCUUCUUUAAAA